AUGGCUGAUCAACAGGUGCUGACUGCUUUGAACAAUAUGCUGCUGGAGCACCUGGCUUCGGCGGGCCUUGAACAGCGCAUUCUUCAGGAAGUUGACAAAGCCUUGAAGGCUUCAAGCGAGUCGUUGCUGACCUCGGAUCUGACCAAGGUCUAUCAGUGUGGCAUGCACGGCCAACUUGGCGUCCGCGUGGCCUUGUCUAGUGGACGCAAAUGCUCCAUCUCGGUGAACCCAUGGACGACUGUCGCAGAAACAAAGACAAUUGCGGCGACCGAGGUAGGAAUCCUUCACGAGGAUCACGAAUUGGCAAGCAAUGAUCAGGUCUUGCUCGGUUCGGAAGCUAUCGGAAAGCAUGUAUCUCCAGCAGGAAAUGCUCACCUGACCCUCGUCCGCCUCCCUGACACCCGAGACCUAUGCCGAGAGCUCUUUGCCCAGGAGCUGGACUCAAUCACGUCCAGCCCCGUCAAGAAGCAGAUGAUCGGAGAGCGUUUGUAUCGCAAGGUUUUCAGAGUUUGCAAUUAUCAGAUCAAUCCGCGUUUGGCAAGCAAAGUCACAGGAAUGAUGCUUGAGAUGGACAAUGCUUUGCUGCUAGAAAUCCUCGAAUCAGAUGAACUGGUGCUGACAAAAGUGCAGGAGGCGAUGCACGUUCUUGUUGAGUAUCAGAUGGGCUUCUGCUUGCAGAUCCUCGUCAUGGCCCUGUCGACCGCACCCUUGAAAUGGCAUUUCACCGCGACUGGUGGGAAGCAGAGUCAGGACGCCUUCUCCAAGUUCGUGGUUGUGGCCCUGGUGCUCUAUGCAUCGGCCACGCUCUGCGCGCUGGCGCUGAUGCACGCCAAGCAGUUGGAUGCCAGCCUGCCCACCGCAAGGAUAAGGCUUGCGACGGAGAUUCUUGAGAGCGCUGGGGUUCUCUUACUGGCCACGAUCGCCCUCUGCGCCCUUGCCCCGGAGUCGCAUGGAUGGAUCGGUUGGGUCAUGCUGUUUUUGAUCCAGCUCGGCCGUGUAGUGCACAGCGAGCCGCGACCCGGUUCUGAGAUCCAUCUUUGCGACCUGUACGCAUGGGCCGUGUUUAUCCACUUCGUGCCGCUGACGAACCAGUCAGGGCUUUUCGGCAGCAACACCUAG